GAGCAAGAGGGCGGGCGCGCAGCCGGAUUCGCGUUCGGCCGGGCCACGGAGCUGUCUUCCCACCCGCCCGUCCGGGGAACAACGGGCCGGGUUUCCGGGGAGAGGGCCCACACCAUCUCCUCUCCGGCAGCAGCCUCCUCCAUUUUUCCGGGCCUUGCGUGGAGCUCUUUGGCGGAUGCAUUGAAUGAAUGAAUGUCAUCGGGGCUCUUUCCAACCCUCCACUCUCCCCAACCAUCUGAGGGUGGCGUGGCAUAGUGAGAGGAGCUCUAAGUUGUCGGGAGAUCUGGGUGUUUUUCCCCAAGACUCUGAAAGAGGACAGCAUUCCCAAUGUCCCAGUUUAAGCGCCAGCGGAUCAACCCAUUACCAGGGGGACGCAACUUCUCAGGCGCAGCUUCAACAUCUCUCCUGGGUCCUCCUCCCGGUUUGCUCACUCCUCCUGUGGCCACAGACCUGUCCCAAAAUGCCAGGCACCUUCAGGGUGGAGAGAAGCAGCGGGUCUUCACUGGCAUUGUUACCAGUUUGCAUGACUACUUUGGGGUGGUGGAUGAAGAGGUCUUUUUUCAGCUAAGUGUGGUGAAGGGCCGGCUGCCCCAGCUGGGUGAGAAGGUGCUGGUGAAGGCUGCAUACAACCCAGGCCAGGCAGUGCCCUGGAAUGCUGUCAAGGUGCAAACUCUCUCCAACCAGCCCCUACUGAAGUCCCCAGCACCUCCCCUUCUACAUGUGGCAGCCCUGGGCCAGAAGCAAGGGAUUCUGGGAGCUCAGCCCCAGCUGAUCUUCCAGCCUCACCGGAUUCCCCCACUCUUUCCUCAGAAGCCUCUGAGUCUCUUCCAAACAUCCCAUACACUUCAUCUGAGCCACCUGAACAGAUUUCCUGCUCGGGGCCCUCAUGGACGAUUGGAUCCGGGCCGAAGGUAAGAGGAUGAUCAAGCAGGAAAGGAAAG